AAAAUAUUGACUUGGCCGCUUUGUAAAUGUAUCUCACUGAUCAGUUUAACCCACCAAUUACGUUACGGAGAUCUGACCUUCAAGUGCUCCGACACCUCUUUUGGUUUUGGUCUGUACCUGAGUUCAAGUGAAAUAUGCCAAGCGACAUGCGACGAGCAUGUAUGAGUAAGAACCGUGAAGUAUCAUGUUAUCUUUUGACGAAGAUGUCUUGGAAGGGGAAUUACAAACGUCUUUUCACAAUCGGCACUCUUGGUGUAACAACAUACAACAAGGAUACUUUAAGAGUGACAAACCAGUGGACCUAUGAAGAAAUCUACGAGAUUAAAAUAGAUCAUAAUAUCAAGUCAAAUCAACCACAGCUUAAACGUUUCAUUUUGGAUAUAUUAGACACUAAUCGUAAACGUCAUGAAUUAACAUUUGCUACGGAAUUUCGUGUUGAAUUAUUAACUGAUUUAUUGCAUUUUCGGGAUAAAUUUAUCAAAGGAAAUAAAUCAAAUGUGCGAAUACAUGCUACUAAAGUUAGUUGGUCAGAAUCAACAUAUGAUGUAAUCUUGGAUAUUGGUCCAAUUUCAAUUGAUGUACGUAAUCCACGUACUGGUGAAUUAUGGAAAACUUAUGAUUUUAAAGAUAUUGAAUGCAUUAGUAAAAUAAAUGAUACUUCGAAUGGAGUAGCAAUUAUUCACGGUGGGUUUGGACAUAUUCAUAUAUUCCUUACACGUGAACCGGAUAAUUUAAUCAAAGAGGUUAACAAAUCUGCCCACUCCAAUCUCUCUGUAUCAUUUAGUCAACCGUCGAGUCCAUUGACACGUGAUUACUGCACAGAAUAUAGACUGGGGAAAGUCAAUCAAGAUCAUUUAAUUUCUCAAGCUGAAUUCACUGUACAAAAAUUAUCUAAUCGUUAUGGUGCUACAAAUCAAAUGAAAACAGUUUCCCGUUUGAUGUGUCUAACUGAAUCAUUGUUAUUAGAAAGAGAUCCAACUAGUUAUCGUCCAGUUUCUGCUCAUCCACUAUGUGAAAUACAUUUACUUGUUCGUGAUCGUUUUCAACCACAAAGAUUUUCUAUUGAAUAUGUUCGUGGACAAAUUGCUACAUAUUUUUCCACUAACAGAGAUGCUCUGUUAGCAUCAUUGUUAGACGGUGUACGUGCCAGUGGUAAUCGUGAUGUUUAUGUGUCCAGUUCAUUCUCUGAUCGAAGUUUACGUUUUAUUCCAUUAAUGAAUUCAGCAACUGAAGAAGUUGAAUCAGUACAUUUAAGAUUUUUACGUCAACGUCCAGAGGGUGUUUCAUUUUGGGAAGUAGUACAACGUUUCAAUGCUAACAUUGCCUACAGUGGUUUAUUACAUGCCGUUACUCAAGACGGUGUUUUUGCAGAAAAUAAAGAGAAACUAAUCAAAGAUGCAUUGGUUUGUAUUCUCACACAAGAUACACGUAUAAUUGAUGCAAAUCCUUUAACAUCUAUUAGACGAUCAUCAUCAUCAUCUUUACAUUAUACUACUGAUAAUACUACUACUAAUAAUAAUACCACUACUACCACUAAUCCUAAUGACGAAUUAAUUUUAAUUGAAGCACAAUUUCAUGCAUUACGUCGACUGGUUGCAUCAAAAGCGGGGUUUAAUGCUUUCACUCAAUUACCGGGAAUGCGUGUAACAUUAGGUCAACUUGUAGUGAAUGCAUUAAAACUACGUGAUGAUGCUGUCACACAUUCUGUCUUAGAUGCUAUUAAUACUUUAAUGCAUCCAAUGCAUGAUCAACCAGAUAUUAGACAAGAACAAUUGAAUAAAGCAUCUAUCAUGUCUAGUGAAAUAUUUCUAUCUCAUCUUGUUGAUAUAUUCACAUUACAUGCUUUACGUGGAAGUGGUUCACUAGUUCUUUGUGCUUUAUUAGACUUCUUUACUUAUGGUGUUUGUUUACCAUAUUCUGAAACAUCUGAAGGUGGAUUAUUCGAUAAUUUACUACGUUUAUUAGCUAAUCGUGGUCGUGCAUUGUUUCGAUUAUAUCUUCAUCCAAGCUUAGCUAUUGUUCGUGGUGGAGGUAUGAUAAUGCGUGCAUUGAUUGAAGAAGGUGGAACAGAUGUUGCUAAAGAAUUACGUAGUUUAGCUUUAACUGAAGGUGCACUGUUACAUCAUUUUUGGACUGCUUGUUUUACUCAAGGAAAUGAUCCACGAAGUUUAGCUGUGCAACAGCUUAGUCGUCAAUUAGUUGCAUUAUGGUCUGACAAUAAUCAAGAUGCAUGGGAUUUAUUUAAAAGAAUGCUUCCAUUAGGUUUACUGUCAUUCCUAGAGUCAACCGAGGAACCCCCUGUAAAACUUAUCAAUAUGUUACCAGAUCGUGAUAAUUUACAAUUAGCUCAUCCUAAGUAUUUUGAAUUAAAGCCGCGCUUUAUAUCGACUUGCGCUACGUCUCGAGUGGUGGUUACCGUGUUAAAAAGACCGAAAUAUUAA